CUCACGAACGCGCGACGUUUGCUUGGCAGGCCUCACACGAACACCCGUGGCAGCUAGUGCCUGCAUAACUCACGCAAGCAACGAAGAUAAGCAGUAAAGCAGUAACCGUACCGCUGUAGCUCCUAUGGCAGGAAACGUCAGCGGCAGCCAGCGAGGAGCUGGGUACGAGGACGUACGCAGCGAUGAGGCAGUCAAGCUCGCAAUGGAUCUCAUCGACGUCGAGAGCCUCAGCGGGCACGAGCAGCCCAUGGCCGUCGUGCUCAAGGAGUGGCUGGAGAAGAGAGACUGGGUCGUGCAGCUGCAAGAGGUAGAGCCGCAGAAAUCAACGGUAGAUGGUAAGGUCCGACACAACCUCUACGCCCGGCGCCCUGGCAUCCCGGCGACGAGGACGGAAGGGCCUCGCGUGCUCUUCAACAGCCACAUCGACACGGUCCCUCCAUUUUUCGGCGCCGAGCUGUGCGACGUUGACGGCGAGAUGAUCAUCAAGGGACGAGGGGCUUGCGAUACGAAGGGCAUUCUGGCGGCGCAGCUGCUGGCGCUGCAGGCUCUGGCGGACGAAGGGGUGGAUGACAUCGGACUGCUGUACGUCGUAUCCGAGGAGACGGAUCACAGCGGGAUGAUCAAGGCCAAUGAACUGGGGCUUGAACCGAGAUACAUGAUCGUGGGAGAGCCGACCGGUUCGAAGAUGAUGCGACUGCAGAAGGGCAUGCUGAAAGUCCGUCUCUCCUGCCGGGGUGUGGCGUGCCACAGUGGCUACCCCCACCUGGGGGUGUCGGCCAUAGACCCACUGGUGGAAGUGCUCCACGCCAUCAAGCACCGCGCGUGGCCGUCCAGCGAAGAGCUAGGAGAGACGACCGUCAACAUCGGCCUCGUCGAGGGCGGUCAGGCGGCCAACGCUUUGGCGGAGGCUAGCGAGGCCAUCGUCAUGUUUCGCCUGAUUCAGGAGCCGGAGGGGGUGCUCGACGCCGUCAAGGCUAUCGCGGCGGAGCACGACUGCGCGGUUGAGGUGAUCUCGAAAAAUGCUCCGGUAUCGCUGGAGGUGCUUCCGGACUUCGAAGCGGAUGUGGCAGCUUACAACACGGACAUCGCGUACUUCAAGCUGCCCAAGGGGCGGGCGCUGCUCUACGGCCCCGGUUCCAUCCACCACGCCCACAGCCGAAUAGAGAAGAUCGGUGUGACGGAGCUCAAGGACGCCGUAGAAGCGUACAAGAAGAUCGCCAAGAGCUGCCUAGGCCGACCACCGCUAUGAACUGCCGGCGAUGCUCUUUCGCCGAGGGAUGUUUGUCAUGCUUUUGCUUAGAGUGUUUGUCGUGCUUUUUACUUAGAGGUAAGAGACACGAAAGAGUGCAAGGAACCGUGCGUCUCGUUCGUUCGCCUUGUGGUGGCCAAAGAACAUGCCUGUUACUCGUAGAAACACGGGGGAGUAAUAAACGAUGACUAGCACAUUUUUGAAUCCCGUAGGUGAGAGUAUCGUCGAUAGGACGAGAACAUAGUCCUUGAGGGGUACUUCAUGUGUGGCGGUCGCAUGAGUUUACAGUUCCUUCUAGCACGAAGCUGAGAGUGAACGUAAGAGGUGGAGAGAUUCCCCCCCUCUAGACCGAAUUUCAAACCUCAAUCGCCCCAC